CAGGUGCGUGUCCGUGUUCCAGGGGGGCGGCCACUGGGCCCGCGGCCAGGUCGUCGCCCAGGAUCUACCACGGCUGACGGGCGGUACGUCGUGCAGUACGAGGGCCCGCCGAGGACCGAGCCCGGCGUCCAGAAGGCCCGCCUGGUGCCGCUGCCGGAGGUGCCCCGGGACACGACGCUGCUGGCGCAGGCCUGCCGCCUCGACGACCAGGGCGCCCGGGUCGACGUGGCCAGGCGAUCGCCGCCAUGCUGGCCCCAGCACGGCCUCACGGUGGGCACGCUGCCUGCCUGCGCGGCCACGGCUGCGACGAUGGCCACCGGCGUGCUGCCUGCACAACCGCAGACCGGCUGCUACCUUCAGCUGGGCACAGCUGCAGUCUUGCCCGCCGCUGCAGCCGCCCCCGCCGCGGGAAGGAAGCUGGCUGGUGAUGCCGUGCAGCCGGUGGUACCCGCGCCCUUGACCGUGCAGCCGGUGAUGCCCGCGCUGUUUUCCGUGAAUUUGCAGCCGAUGAUGUCAGCGCCCGUGAGGUGGAUUGGCCCGCACGCGGUGGUGCGAGGCCAAUAAUAAUUGAUCGAGCGAGCUGCUUCCUCGAUGGAGCGAGCGAGCCGAGAUCGUCAGGAGAUGGCCGGGCACAAGCUGUACCUCGGGCCGAGAGGGCCAGGUACCCGGCCAUCUGCCCCCGCGGACCAGAAAUAGGAGCCGCGCUGUGGGCCCCGCCCCCCCCUCCCGCGGGCGGCGCCCUGCGUCGUGGCCUCCGCCCUCCGAGACUCUCCUCUCUGUCCCUCUCUGUCUUAAUCCCUGUCCCUGCCGACCCCCUCCCUGCUUCUGCACUGCGCGCUCCGCCGCCGCCGCGGCGCGCCCGCUCCCGAAGGUGGGAACGGGCCGCACCUGGAGUG